AUGAUUUUUAAGGACAGUCGUGGUGUGCAAGAACAUCCCUCUAUCCCUUCAUCUUAUAAAGGAAGAGUUAAAAUUGAAGGAAGAGCUACCCUGGUUAUCAAGAACAUCAACCCUGGAGAUAAUACCAAAUUUAAAUGUGAAAUGUGGGGAAGGCAUGUUCAAAGUAUAGUUCAGCUUAUUGUGGCAGGUACGUAUUAGAGACAUAACCAUUAAUAAUCAAACGUAAAUCAAAUUCAUUAAACUCAGGUCUCAUAUUUCUGAGAUCUGGAAAAAGUAAACAAUAGCAUAUAAAUUUGCACAAACCUCCCUAUGCAGGGCUUAAAGUGGCCAGCUAACCCGACUUUUUGGAACAAUAGUGCUACCGUAAUUUCCGGUCGAUUACCCGCGGGUAAUCUGUUGAUUUUGCAUUAAAUCCGCGCCACUGCGGGUAAUAGGGAGGUGCGGGUUAUGUGACAAUUUUAAAUUCUUCUGGAAGUUGAAUUGAAAAAAUUUCUCACCUACCUGCGUUUCCACCUCUCAAAUGAAUUUUAUUGUAUCAAAAGUGCCACAAAGCGGCACGAAAACAUGAUGACAACUCGAGUUUAUUUCACGCUUAAUUAGUUGCGUGACAAACAAAUUUUUAUCGGCACGCGUGAAAACAAAACCUUGAUGGUGACAAAAAUAAUCCAAGGAUAUCCGGCGCAUCAGUAACAAAUUUCCAGUUUUCACUAGCUUGAGCUAAAGAGAAUUUUCCCGUUUUAAGGGACUUGUUAGGCCCAGUAGAACAGGAGAUAUCGAUUUUUUUGAGAAAUUGCCGACAGUAAUUUUAAAUCCCAAAUGCAUCACCAGAAUGUUGAAAAUAAUAGGUGCGAAACUUAACUAAUUUCGCGCUGAAAAAGUAUUUUAACGACAAAUGAACAAUGGAUAUUGCUCAUUACGCUCCUACAUGCUAUAAAAAGGUAACUGACUGAAUAAGAAUUAUAAACCUCGAUCAUUCGCGAUAAGUGUAUCUACGAGUCACCAAUUAAGUUAAAAUGCCUGCUGUGAAACGCCCACGUCACAGUUUUACGUUUGAUUAUAAGCUUAGAGUAAUAACUCUUGCCGAUGAAAUCGGUAAUAGAGCAGCAGCAAUAAUCAAUCAAUAAAGUAUAAGCUAAUAUUGACACAGAAUUGUGCACAUGUCUGAAUCGAAAGACUGAAAUGUAUCGCCUUAAUGUCACGUUUUCGCCACCGAAAAAGUUGAAUAACAACGUGCGGGUUAUCCACCGGUGCGGGUAAUCCGUUGACUUUUUUUUUCGCCGUAUGCAAUAAUCGGCCGGUGCGGGUAAUCGGCCGUGCGGGUAAUCGACCGGAAAUUACGGUACUUUUAUAUGGCAUGCGACGCUCAACAAAAGGAGAAAAUAAAUUCUACCGUUUACUUUGUUGUAAAUCUCACGAGAAAGAAUUCAAAGAGUUAUUGCUUCAUUCUUCUGGCACCAACUACUGGGUUGCUCUGUUAUGCAUAGAUAACUAUUACUAAUAUGAAUACUAAGAUUUUCUCUUAGCAAAGCUGUCAAUUAAAAAUGGCCAGUCAAAAUUAGAAACAAUCCAACUAGUUCUAUGAUUUUGCUAAAUCAGUGAAGGAGAAUAUUGCAUGACCAAUCACAAGCAGCAUGUGAAAUUAAUUUGGUGUGGAAAAAAUGGCAUUGCUUUUCAAGCCUUUUAAAGGGACUUGCCAAAGGGACUUGCUAAAGGGAAUGAAAGUCGACAUUAAGCCUUUCGCUGCUUUCUGAGUAUUAUGAUCUUCAAGGUUUACAGAUAAAUUUAGUCAACAGAACGGUGACUUCCUCAAGUAAGUUCUGAGACUAAGGAGCAAUCCGAGACUUAGAUUUGAUUUAUGCGCUGGAGCAAAAUUCUCCUAAAAGUUAUGGAAGCAACAAAUCAACAAAGUCUAUAAUCCAAGCUCUUUAUGCUCUUUGAAAUACUUUCGGCAUGCAAACAGAAAAUAAUGCAAUGAUGAUCAACUUGGCAAGGUAGGGAUGCUGUUCCUAGAAGAUGCUGUUACUCAUGGAGGUCAGUUCAACAGCUCUAAUUUUAUUGCUAAUUUUGGUUUCUCCACCGAGAAACUGGCUGAGUUUCGCAAAGAGCUCCAAGAGACUAAAAGUAUUCCAUUUCAAUUUAGCGUAUGAAUCAUUUUUUUGAGCUUAUGCAACCUAAACUUUUCAAGAAAUUUUCGUGUAUGAAACAGAAGCGUAGUUUUCUUUGAACAGACUCUUUAAUUUUCUCUCUGAGUGUUUCAACUUACAUUUUCGAACACAGUAUCUUAGAUGUCCUAACAAUGUUAAGUACAUGGAAACAAGUGUGAUAUUAAGUAUGUAACUUCUUGGUCAUUUAACUGAUUCAAAGUUGAAAACAUUUGUGAUAUCUCAAUCAUGAUACUAAAAAAAAGCCUAUUUAAAAACCUUUGCACGAAUUCGGUCCGACUGCACAUUGAGAGCAGGUCUCAGUUCUUGAAUAAAAAAACAUUUCAUGAGGUAGGCAGUCCAGUUUGUUCGAACUCUUCUUUAAAACACUAAAAUCAAGGCCAAAGAGUGCUUGUUGCGAAAAUGCCUGCCAAUCGAUUGAGUCGAUUUUCUGUGUUCUUGAAUAUGUUGAUGUAGAUGCAUGGCGGCGUGUAAAACCAACAUAACCUGCAUCGUACAGGUCACAUUUAAUGUUGUAAAAAACGGUCGUGUGGCAAAAGACGGAUUUGCUUUGGGCUCCCCCUUGAUCCUCUAUUGGCCUUUUUUUUUUAUAUCAGCAUUGAGGAUACUCAUAACAUCGAUAAAUUAAGUGAAUUUCAUGUCUUUAUAACGCGCGGUGUUUAUGAAUCAUUAAUUAAUCCCGUUUGUAUUUGAGGUGGUGUGAACUGUAACUUGAGCAAAAUUUUGAUUCCGUCGAUACCUGUCCUAUAGAAACGGAACACAUCGCUGUCUUCAUCUCGAAAUUUGAACAUCGUCUAUCGGUCGUGAGAACGGUUUUAACGGUCAGCGAUUCGAAGCUUUUGAUGUAUAAGGUUGAAACUGAAUACAAAUGUUACGCGCGACAUUUCAGGAAAUGCUGCUUUCAUAAGAGCAGUUUUGCUUCGUUCGUACUUUUUAUUCACGCAUAGCGUUAUGUGAUAAUGAUUCGCCCCAGGUGCGGUAAUCCGGAUUCCGGAAUCCAGCAAAUUUUUGCUUGUGGAAUCCGGAACACUGGGCAUUGGAAUCCAGAAUCCCACUGAAAUCCAUUUGCUGAAAAUCCAUAUCAUCCGUAUCAACGGUUUUCAUGCGCAUCCAUGCAACCACGGUCAUGCUGCAGACUACGCAGACCGUGCAGACCAUAUAUAGAACGCGCUUUGUACGCUGGAGAAUCUUGACUAUUACAGCUCCCGAGACACUGACAAAAUCAUCAUGACCUAUCCCCCAAUCGACUUCGAUACUGACAUAGCUAAAGUUCCUUACUAGUUAUUAAUGAGUCUUCUGCUCCGAUUCAAAAACCUUAUUUCCCAAUAAAGUUCGGGCUAAUCCCCAUGAGCUCCAGAAACUUGAGCCUGCGAUUUUGUUUUGUUAGGUAACGAGAGCUCGAAAUAACCUCGUAAAAUUUCGUCAUUUGGUGUCCAAAAGAGUGCAGUCCACUCACGUGGUCAAUAGGUAUGCAAAUUUGGAGUGACAAAAGUAAUUAUUUACAUAACAAAAGCGUUAAAAUCCCACAGUAUUUGCUCGGAACACCAACAUGGCGACGGACCACACGUUUCCAAUUACGAUAAACUUUGAACAAAGUUAUAUGUGGAUACCUAAGGGAGCUGGGAGAGGUCUAUUUCUAAGUUGAAUUUACGCCAUUUAAACGUAAACCGCUUUAAACCGCUGAAGAUUUCAUAAAGCAUCCUAUCUCAGAGCGAAUGAAAUAAGAUAUUACCUGAUUUUAGGGUCGAACAACAUUUUCUAGAAAAGAAAGUAGCGGCGGGCCACGUAAUGUGACUUGACUUGGUUAACCUUUUAAAGAAAAAAGGAAAUAUAGAAAAGAGAAUCUGUUAUUCUUGGAAAAUUACCGUGUAAAUGCAGAUCUUUCGUGAUUUUGCAAAGGUUAAAAUACAGUUGAGUUGUUUGAACACCGUUUUAUGCGCUAUAUCAUCGCCAGUUACAUAGAGGAAAACAAGCUUUUUUCAGUCAUAGUCUGCAAUUAUUUGUGACAUACACGAGGUGUUAUAAAAAUUGUAUUUCAGUUUAAAUUUUUCCUUAAUUUGGUCUUUAUUUAAAAGGAAAGUUAAAAAAGGUAAUUUGAGAUGGAAUCCGGAAUCUGCAGGGGCAGAAUCUGGAAUCCAGCACCUUGCAUGUAGAUAUGGAGUUUCUCUUCUCGUUUUCAACUUGACAUCUCACUCGUUCUCUGCGCUCACUCGUGUGCGAUCGAGUUAAACACUCGAAGAGAAAUUCCAUAUCUAUGCGAGCCCAUGUAUUAUUCUCUAUUUAUUUUAUUGUAAUUGGGUAAAUUUUAAAACUCAGUCCAAGUAAAAUUUGCUAAGCCAUAUGAGCAAUGAUAUAAUCACUUUUACCUUUCAGAGGCACCACUUAUAAACAUCUCUUUGGGAGGAAAAUAUUACAUUGAAGGAUCCCCUGUUAUCAUAACCUGUGAAGCUUCUGGGAAACCACUGCCGGAUGUAGCAUGGAUUAGAAAUGGAGAACUGGAAAGUUCAGGGAAGAAAGCUGCAUUUUUAAAGUUCGAUAAUAUAAACAGAACAGAUGCAGGACAAUAUACAUGUCAAGCCAAUAACUCAAUGGAAGUCACUUCUGUUGACACAACAAUUGUAGUUCACUGUAAGUAUAUUUUAACCUUAAUUUUCUAUCUCUGAAUUUACUUUAUUUACAGUGUGAAUCCUGUUAUUGGGGUUAGUUACACAAAACUGAUGAAUCUGUUCAAAAGUGUAAGGAAACAGAAUUCCACCUCAAAUCCUUUUCAGCUUUGUGUGCAUCAGUCUCAAGUGCUGGUUGGCACAAUUAAAUAUAGGUGGAAACAUUUUUUACGUUAUUUUGCUCUGGAGGGCGCGACAAUUUUCUCAUUAAGUCAUUGCUUCAGUUGGACUGUUUUUAACUCAGAAAAUGGCUUAAAGCCAUUUGUAAUUCAUUGUCACAACCCAAAAUUCACUCUGUUCGCCUAGCGCACAAGGCUAUCACAUAUUCCUAUCCCGUGUGAGGGCUCUGGUUGGGGCUUAAUGGAAAGCUGAGAAUUGCUCAAGAUCCUCACUGUAAGCUGCGAAAUUACACUUUUUUUAACUGAUAGCUGAGAUCAGCUGGUAAAUGUGAAAAUGGGCUGAAAUUAAAACUGCAUGCCCAAGGUUUUCGCUCAUAUUUUCAUGUGUGGCGUUCGAAGAGAUAUACUAUUUGAGGGCGAGAAUCCAUUUUAUAUUUCAUUAUUCGUAGGCCUUGCCACCAUAUACUGAAUACUCGACUGUCAAAUAACACAAAAGUGACGGACUCUACUAUGGAGUGAUUACAACCUUCAUUCUUUGUUUUCAUCGAAAGACAGGGAAAGGAAAGACAAAUGCUGCGCUCUUGUAAUUGAUGCCCAUGACUUUCUGGUUUAGGAGGUUGUGUAACCUGCAAGCACUGUGCCACCCCGCUCUGUGAGAUACUUAAUGAAUGAGUUGCCAGUAAUCGGAUCCUUGUGUUUGCGCAUAGAUUUCUGGGAUCGCCACGGGGCAAACAUUGCAACUCACUGGAAGGAAUUGUAUGGCGAAAGGUUUUUCUGACGUCUGAAAAAAAGAUUUUAGAGAGAGAUUAUCGUUUUUUCACUGUUCCUUUAUCAGAAGUGGAUUAGGGUAAUGCUGAUUCAAGGGAAGAGUAAGUUUUUGUUUGAAAAACUAUGUCAUGUGUAGUAAAAUCUACCUAUGAACUUGUCUCCACGCGCAAGGUUUAUUGUGAAUUUGACAUUGUGUAAUGGUUUCGAAAUUUAUAAAAACCAUAUGAAUCGCCAAGGAAUAACUCAACUAAGCCGUGUCAGUUUUUUGUGCGUGAGUUAAGUCUACUUCUAGCUCGGCUUAGUAAUACAAAAGAGCGCUAUAAAAGCUACUUGAAGCAGCAGGAGAUUGAAAUGGCGUGCGUGAGCAUUAAAUGUUACUCUGGUACAUUAAAGUGAUAAAAUACCUACACUUCUUUGUUGUGAUCAAUGAGAACGAAUCAGCGUUGAUGAUUGGCUCAAGACUGUACCCUUUCUUCUGUGGCGAUGAGUGAUACAAAUUGGUCUCUUAAGGAGCGAUGCACAGCUGAUGAUAAGUCCACAGUUUCUGCCGGAGUUCCCGUGAUCUUGCUUUCCUGACAAGAUCCUUCAGGGAGUUCGAGAAGAAAAAAUUGCGGCUCAAAGACCUUUGGAUUUUUCUCAAACAAUCUAUCACUUGAACUGGGGAUUUCCUCAUGUUUUUUUCAUCGCUCAUUUUAUCUUUUCAGUGAGCAUUAGCUCGGUAAAAAUAAUUUCCAUCUCCGCUGACAACGACUUCUCUCCUUUGAGGAAGUAUAUUUUAAAACGUAAUUUGUCUAUUAAAUACGUUAGAAAGUAUAAAAAUAGGCCGUGCAUGUAUAAAUACAACUGAAAAUACUUUUAAAAGUGUUAUUUCGUAGUGAUUUCUGGGUAAUUUUGUAGUACUUUGAGACCAUUACACGAUGACGAUUUCAGAAUAGACCUUACGUAAGGAGAGAAGUUUUCUGUAUUUUUUAUAACAUAUUCCGUGUUAAUUCCAGCAAAAACCUUAACUUCCAAGGUAACAACAUUAUCUUUCACCAUGUAUGAUAAAACUGCUGCGAAAAAGCCAUAAUCUCUUACCAAAAUCGCAUUUUUUGGACGUCCAAACAAACCUUUCGCCAUACGUUCCUUUAUAGCGGGUUACAAUAUCUGCCACGUGACGAUCCCAGAAAUCUGUGCGCAAACGCAAGGAUCCGAUGACUGGCAACUCAUUCAUUGUUCCGCGUUUACAUAUGCGCAGGCAUUUGACCUCUGUUGUUAGGAGCAGGUAAAAAGCAAGCAUGGACGUUGUGCUAAUCUUUAGAUUUUGAACUCACCCAUCAAAAUGACACCAGACAUGCACACGGUAUAAGGUAGGGGCGAACUCGAUAGGGGGCGAAAGCGGCGGAUACCCUUGGAUUAUACCACAUAUAUAAAACAUUUCCUGUAAAGAAAAAAAACAAGCAAACAAAAACGACGUAAAUAUCCAGAAAUGCCAUUUCGCCCAAGCCAAUUGCAACGAGAACGCAGCAUAAGGGUUUGUUGCUCCCACCAAUCACAUUUUGGCAUCAGGGUUGCACGUACAAGUCUAUUGUUACUGAUGCUCUGUGACAACCUUUUUAACAAGCCAUAUUCAAUAUCUGCCUCUUUACAACAGAAAGUGAGUUAAAACAGUAAUUUCCACUACCGCCUCGUGAUUUUUGUCGAGAGAUGUCAGACCUGCUUCUAUUUUUAAGUCCUGGAAUGGUCUUACAUCUAUUGAUGUAAGGAAUACAUGUACUUGCAUACUUUGAGCCAUGUCAUCAUACACGUAAAUUUGACAUUAAUGAUGAUAACUUAAUCUACGGACAUAAUCAAGAUUAUUACAGAAAAUCAUAUUUCAUUAGAAAUGCUGAACUUUGGAACUUGUUACUAUCUAGUAUAAAAACAAUCCACUGUUUUUCCUCUGUUAAGACCAGCCUAAACAACAUUUAUGUUUCAAAACGAGAAACUUAUGACCCUCCUGUCUGCUAUUGAUAUAUAUGUUUUUAAUAUAAUUGCUUGGGUGAUUAUAGAGAUGCACGCACUCUCAUUGGUAGAGGAGUGCGUCAUAUCUCGCUGUAAUCACCUUGGGUGAGGUAAUUAUAGCAGGAGCGCCAAAUUUUAAAAUGGCUCCCUUACAUUUUGUUAAUGUCACGCUGCAAGGGACAAAUGGGAAAGGAGAAAAUUAAAUUCUUUAGAGUGGGAAAGAUGCUAAUAAGCUUGGCGUGACACUUCCAAAAGAAAGAUAUGAAGCUUUCCAUAUCUACGCGCGCCCAUGUAUUAUUCUCUAUAUAAUUUGCCGGAAACAAAACUAGAACUUAACGGUUAAAUAAAACAUGCUGAACUAAAUAAUUCGAGCCACACCUUGUUUUUUGGAUUGAAAAUACACUUUUCCCAUUGUUUUGGUACUGGAGAGGCAGGACUCUGAUUUGCACUUCGAGGCCGAUGGAUGUUCCCCUUCGCUAACGCACACCUCUUUUUAUCAAGUCGUUCAUUAUUGCUCAAAGACCACGUGGACUUGCAGCCAGUUGUUCCAAAAGAGGGGGGCACUGAAGAUUUCCGAGUUUUGACGAAUUUGUAUGUCUAUGAAAACAGAGACUAAAGGUUGCCCUUCCUAGAAAUGUAAGUUAUGAGCUGUUUUACCAUAGUAUUCAAGCCUAUGUUGCUUAAUCUGGCAACUACUGUAAACAGGUAUUUAUAAAUUUCCGGAUUUUUUUUUAGUUCUGGAGUGAAAUUUCACGAUUACUUGUCUUGAAGUCCUUAAAUUACGAUUAUUUAUCGCAAAUGGCAUAUCUUCCGAUUAAUAGCCUCCAGACAUCUUCUAUCACGAUUAAUAAUUGUGGUAAGUACGGCUAUUAAUCGCAACUGAACUCAUGUGUCUUAAGUCGACAUCAACUGAGACGAGUCAUUCAUUCGACAACAUUCUCAACGACCCUCAGUAGUUACUUGCGGAAUAUUUUCUAAGUGCCUUGCAAAUCAACUUCCGGUGUGACAGGUCGACUUUAACUGAGAAGAGUCGGUCGAAUCGAGGUGAUUUGACAACAUCUUCAACCCCCAUUUAAUAGCUACUUGCGAUAUUUUCUAAGUGUCUUACAAAUUGACUUCCGGUAUGCAUUUCCAUCUAAUGAGAGAUGGUUUAUCAGAUUUCCGGUAGAACGAUUCGCCAACUGUCUUUAACGAAUGGCGGCGGUUUGGGUGUACUGGACAACCCUCAUUUUGGUUGUACGAUCAAAUUUUUCCGACUUGAUGGGUUACUGUUGCAACUAUUAUUUUUUUAAUUAGUAUAGUCUACGCUGCGUGUUUUCCGCGCUCCGCUAUUGAAUCAGUGCAAGUCCCAUUGAUUAAUUCAAUUUAAAACAGAUACCUCACGUUUUAACUUUUUGUGAAGGAUUAAAAUUAAUUACAAACGGUUUUUAGGCCGCAUGUCAACCCAUUUCGUGACCCACGGCUUUGCUUAAAAAAUAGUGCCCAGCUAGCUAAACGAAAUUUAUUUAUGAAGAAUGGCAACGAAGGUACGGAUGACUCUGCAUCUCGCGAUAAGUGUUGCUAUGCCCUUAGGUAGAGAUAGGAAAACACGGACCGCGCUAAGAAACCAUCAGAUUGCGGGAUUCGUUAGCGUGCCCUCUAAGAAAAAAAUAAAUACACCUUAUUCUGGUUGCGAAGUAAUUUUUCCGAGCCCUGAGAGGCGAGAGAAAAUAUGAGUAAUGAGCAAAAUUUCCGCUCGUAUUAUGUGUUAAACUCUCGAAUAAUUGAUUUAUUAUUCCACUGUUAUUUUCAGUUAUCAGUGUUUUAAUUUUAGUAUGCGAAUAACAUCUUACGGCCUUAUCUGUGUAUCGUAUCGAUCGUAGAAGGUGUUCUUUCUUGCUUAAAAGUUCGCUACUUUAGCAGUCAAAUUUAAAAAAUUAAACAAAAAAAUUAAAGUUUGGAUCGUUCAGGGCGGCCAAUGUGUUGCUACGUAUUUUUGGCUUGUUCUAAAGUGUAAUACUGUGGCAUAUUUUGCCGUUUUCGUUAUUUUGUUUAGUAAAAUGACACAGCAGUGGAAUGAUAAAGAUCAUUAAUGUUCUGAUUGAUAUGAAGUAUCACCGAUUAUUUAUUCAAUUGCUUAUUGUAUUGGCAUUUAUUCUUAGACCCGCCCACGAUUCGAAAUGUCACCACGUCAUCUAAGAAGUCUUGGAUUGGCCAGACAGUGACUUUGAAGUGUCUUUCUGAUGGUGUUCCUACACCAACACUCUCUUGGUACAAACUUGAAGGAAGUGAAAUAAACAGAGUCACAGCCAGAGAAAACAAAGUACAAGUGCCACUCAGGGGUGAUCAAGAUUUUGGUCAUUACAAGUGCAUUGCUGCUAAUGGACUUAUUCCAUCUGAUGAGAAAUUAAUAAAGAUAACUCAGAUAAGUGAGUCAAUGAGAUCAGUGUAUUUAUAAGAAGAAGUUCUAUAUAAGGUCAGCAUUUCCUUUUGCCAUUGCUCAUUAUCACUGUUUCAGUUGUAUUAGAGGUAAAAGCCAAAUGUUCUUACAAAGUAUUGAACAGAGUGACUCAUUCACUUUGUACAUCUCAUUCGAUAGUUUAACAUUUAAUACGUGCGGAUAUUUUGCAAGGCCCAUGGGCGUUUGGAAAAAAUAUAUGCUAAUGUUAAACCAUCGAGUAAGGGAUUUAUUAUUCUUUCAUUUACGAACAAUUUGUCCGCUUAGUUUUCGACAUACAUCCUACAUCUUUAUCUGAGCGUUCCGUUCGCAUUUUCCCUCUCACUAGCAGCGUUAGACCUUCACGUAUUUUUCGCCUUCGUUGCCCCAAUGAGGUAUAACAGAAUAUUACUGGAAUUAUACCGGAUAUAGUUAGCCUGAUCUUUUAGUUGGAAAUGCACCCGUAUUUGUGAAAAAGAUUUAAAGUAAAUUGUCGACACCUUGCCCUUUCUUUGCAUUAAACACGUUACAAAAGAGCUUUGAACUUCAGGAAGAUGGAUGACAUCUUCACAUGCGAGUAUCCAUAGGAAACUUCCUCAACCAUGGACUAUCAAUUGUGCCUCUUUUUAUGAAGCUCUUAGCUGAACUUAUCCGGUAGCUACAUUUAUAUUCAUUAAUUACAGGUUAACGCACUCAGUGAGUGAACUAUGGGGAUUUACCUGCACGAGUUCACUGACAAUGAACGAGAAAUUUCAAUAAGCCUCGUGCGGUAUUGAACAUUCCGAAUUCAUUGUUUUUGAACGAGUACAGGUAAAUCCUGAUAAUUCACGAGCCAUAAGUGCGUUAGCAUUUUUAUUAUUCAAACUGAAUACACUGUACAAAGAAACACUGCAGUGAAACCACUAUAUACAAGGUAAACCAAGCCAUGGUGUAAUGACAACAGUGUGUUGAAUUUGCACCACGGCCAUUACAGCACGAAGACGAUGUCAAAGAGGUAGUUUCGUCACAAUCCAGUAUCACGUGGUACAAAUCAUCUAAUCAGAAAAUCGGAAUUCGAACAGUGUAUGAAAGUUGAAUAAUUAGCUGUGAGAAGACGUGGACUUGCAUUCAUCCUUAGUGUUGUGACAAAACUCAAAGUAAUCUCUUCUCCUAUGGCACUAUGUAGAGAAACCAGGGAAAGCAUCCAUCAAAUCAGAAUCCGUCAUUCAAGCAACUUCUAUAACAAUUCAAUGGACUGCACCAGCUGAUGAUGGAGGAAGUCAGAUUAUAGGAUUCCAAAUGAUCUUACAAAAGGAUGAAACUGAGAUAAAAAAGGUUAAUAUCACCGAUCCUGGGACGAGUAGUUAUUCGUUUCGUGGUUUGGAGAAAGAUACCAACUACACAGUGAAACUGUUUUCCAGAAAUUUUGUGUUCUAG